AUGGCGGACGCAGCGAGUGCGGCCGCGAGCGUGACUGAGUCGGCGGCCACCGAGGACUUGACGCCGUCCACGACCAUUUUGGACGGAAUGCGCGUGUAUUUUGUGAUCGGCGCCAUCGGCUGGCUGGCCUUCGAACUGGGUCGUGUCAAGUUGCAACGCGCUUAUUACUGUCGCGAAGGCAAGCCGGAGACGACCAAUCGGAUAGUAACAAGAUGCCACGAUACCAAAGUGUUUGGCUGGCUGAAGCUGCUCUUCUUCACUCGAGACGACGAUAUUCUGGACCAAUGUGGCAUGGACACUCUCUUCUUCUUGCGAUUCCUUCGUCUCUGCGAGAAGGUGACAGCCGUGGGGAUUCUAUGCUCUGUUGCCAACUUCCCCAUCUACUACUACGCCAAGCGCGACUCGCUGGACGCGCUGUAUCGCAUGACGCUGUCGCAUUUAGACACAGACCAGAUGUGGCGCUUCUGGUUCACUGUCAUCACCAUGUACUUGGUCUCCAUCACCACGUGCUUCCUCCUGUGGAAGGAGUACGAGGAAUAUAUCCGUCGUCGUCACGAGUUCAUGUCUAGGAAGCACUCGCAGCAAUACACGGUGGUUCUGAACGGGCUGCCUCCGAACCUCUGCACGCAACAAACGCUGCGGAAUUAUCUGGAACUGCUCUUCCCUAAAUCAGUUCUACACGUGUAUGUUGCACUGGAAUGUCGCGAUCUCGAGAAACUCGUGGCUGAACGUGUCAAAGUGCGCAACAAUCUGGAACACGUGCUGGCGCAAUGCGCCAAGACUGGCGAGCGCGUGUUGACCAGUAACAAGAUGCUAGGAGGCGAGAAAGUGGACGCUGUGGAGCUGUACCAAGACCAACUGAAAGACCUCAACAAGGCGGUGGAGAAGGAAGUUCGCUCGAUUGUACGCAACCAAGCAGCAGUGGCGCGCCAAUUGGUGGAAUCGAGCAACGACGGUGAAAAUUUAGGAUUUAACCAGAAUUUUGAAUCUGCCAGAAGCAUCAACUUCGCUAUCAAGGAAGAAGAACUGGACGGCGACGCAGUGGAAUCGAGAUACAUCAAGAGUCUGAAGAGGCAGGAUAAGAAGGCCAUGGGUAUCAUGCGUCCUGCAGGAUUCGUGACCUUCCGAAGUCUGAAAGUAGCGCAGUCCUGUACUCAGAUCCUGCAAAGUGCCGAUCCGACUCAGAUGCACGUGGAGCCUGCAGCUCACGCUGACGAUGUGGUGUGGCCGAACAUUGGACUGUCCAAGAACACCAAAGACACUUGGUUCAUGAUCUCGAUGGCUCUAAGUACAGCGAUUAUCCUGCUGUGGACGGUGCCGACGGGUAUUGUGGUGUCUUUUGCGAAGGUCUCGACGCUUGAGAAAGAAUGGUCCUGGCUGGAGACUGCAAUUGACAACUAUCCGUGGAUCAAGUCGGUGUUGGAGCAGCUUUCUCCACUGAUGCUGUCCGUUAUGACGGCUCUAGCUCCGAUUAUCUUUGGCAUCUUGUCCCGACGUGAAGGUCACGCGUUUGCGUCACAAGUGGAUGCCUCACUACUCAACAAACUGGUCAUCUACCAGAUCUACGUGACCUUCUUACUACCGAUUAUCGGUGGUACCGUUAUCGACGCUGUCAUCGGAUCAAGCGACACGAACUUGACGGAUGCCAGUGCAAUUCUCACCCUUAUCAGUGACUCCGUUGCUGUGCAGUCCUCCUUCUUCAUCACUUAUCUACUGGUCAAGACGGGACUUAAUUUGACUCUAGUUCUACUGCGUGUGACACCCAUUGUCAAGGCUGCUAUCUACGAAGUCUUCGCUCCAAAGUUGACCCCUCGCGAACGUUCGACAGCUUGGUUUGGCCUCAACUCGCUGGCAAACCCUGGGGAUUUCGGAGCAUCCGACCAAGUUUCCGAGUACUUUUUGGUGUUGAUGCUCGUUUUGGUGUUCUGUGCCAUUGCACCCAUUCUCAACUACUUCGCACUGGUGUACCUGGUGCUAUCGGACUUGGUCUACCGGUGGGCUGUCAUGUGUGUGCAUGAUCCGUCGACGCAGACGUCGGGCACGUUCUUCCCGUCGCUGUAUCGCUUCAUCGUUGGUGCACUCAUGUUCUCCCAGAUCAUUAUGGCGUCGGUACUGGCCACCAAGCAAGUGGCACUUCCAGCAACGUUCUCGAUCAUUUUGCCGUUCCUAACGCUGGCCUUCCACCUGUUCGUGUCGUCGCGUUAUCCGAAGAUCGCGCUGAACUUGCCGUUGGACCAAGCGGUGAUGGUCGACUCACGUCGCUCACGCCAAAUGGACGACCUGGAGCGUGUGCUUGAGGACAUGUACAUGCAGCCAGCGAUGCUGGAGCGUGGCCCACUGGAACCGGACUACCAAGGACUGACUAGCGACCCGAACUCCGAGAACCAGCUCGCGUCGCCUCCGCCUGUCGAGAAGGACUCGUUCCGGUCUCAUGACAAGCAGGUCUUUUCACCGAAUAGUGCUCAAGGCAGUAACUACGAGCGCAUGGACAGCAACAAACAACACCGAUACGAUACGGACGAAGGAGGCCUCGUUUGAUAAAACGUCAGCUCUGACUGACCCGCAUGCAGUUUCCAACGCUUAAGCACUGACCACUUGCGAAUAAAUCUUAUGUAAUACCGA